AUGGCACGAGCAACAAGGAGCUCUGCCAGGGCCGACGCCGUGCCUGAGCCAGUACAACUGUCCAGUCCCCCAACUACCCCCGAAACGAGUGACACGCGAAAGAGGAAAGCAGUCAAGAUCGAACAGUCGCCAGAUGCGACAACCAAGAAAGCUCCCGUUACACCCAAGAGCACAAAACGUGCCAAGAAGUCAGCAGUAAAACAAGAAGACAUCAACGAACUCCCACACAACCUCGGUGCUAUUCCGGAUCUUCCCGUUAAAGACGAGGAAGCCGGGAGUAAAGCUUCAGCAAAGAGGCCGAGUAAGUCGGCAACGCCCAAGAAGUCUGCAAAAGCCACCAAGCCAAAGAAGGAGGAAGUCGACGACCUCGUUGCCAAAGCGACUACCACCACGGACGCGUCAUCCAAGAAGAGUAAAGCCAAGACAGGUGGUUAUGGCCUUACUCCUGGUCAUACGCCAUACCCAAACUACCCUCACCCUACGGCCGAAGAAUGCGAAGAGGUGACCCGUUUACUCUCCAAAGUUCACGGCAAGGUCGAAGCGCCCAAGACCAUUCCCGCGCCAUCUCUCGAGGUUUCAGGUUGUGGAGAAGUACCAUCAGUCCUUGAUGCCCUCAUCCGAACCCGGCUUUCGGCCGCAACGUCCGGCACGAACUCGUCCCGCGCAUUCGCCGGCCUUGUCGCCAAGUUCGGCGUCCUGAAAGAAGGCAUCGGUAAAGGAAGCGUAGACUGGAACAAAGUGCGACAAGCAGACCAAAAGGAAAUUUUCGAAGCAAUCAAGAGUGGUGGUCUCGCAGACGUAAAAAGCAAGGACAUCAAGAAGAUUCUACAAAUGGUCUGGGAAGAGAACCAAGCACGACGUGACGAGCUCCUGGCUUCAUCAGACAAGGCACCGGGUGAAACCAACGAAGCAGAAGCAGAAAAGCGUGACGAGGUUGAGAAGGCAGACCAGAACAUUGUCUCACUAGACCAUCUUCACUUACUCUCCAACGACGACGCUUUCAACGCGCUGACCAAAUACCCUGGUAUUGGUCCGAAAACCGCGUCCUGUGUGCUUCUCUUUUGCCUCCAACGACCCUCCUUUGCAGUCGACACCCACGUCUUCCGCCUGUGUUCAUGGCUAGGCUGGGUACCACCCCCAGGCGAUGACAGAGGCCUUCCGCCCGGCAAGAAAGGCACCUUCGCUGGCCCAACACGCAACUCCACAUAUGCACAUUGCGAAGUCAGGGUUCCGGACCACCUCAAGUACCCGCUUCACCAACUGCUUAUUAAGCACGGGAAGAGUUGUCCUAGGUGCCGUGCUAUAACAGGUGAAAGCAGCGAGGGAUGGGAUGAGGGAUGUCCGAUUGAUCAUUUGGUUCAUAGGACCGGAGGGAGGAAGGGAGCUGGAGAUAGUCCUGUCAAGGGCGGUAGCGCAAAGAAGGCCAAGGGUAGGAAGAAGGCUGUGGAAGAUAUUGAAAGCGAUGCGGUGAGUAGUGGUUUGAGCGACGCGGAGAGCGAGGUGUUGAGUGAUGUUGUGAGUGAUGCGGAAGUAGAAGUGUCAGAUGAGGAAGAAUCAGCAUCUGAGUGA